UGCAGUUAUAUAUAUAGUUAGAAAUUAUUGAAUAACAGCAAGGAGGCAUUGAGAACUGAGCACAGUUCAAUCUACACAACUGACAGUCGCAAAAACUCGUACUAGGGGAGAGAACACGAAGAAGAAGCAGGGGCAGAACAAGACGACGACGAAAGAGGCAGAGGAGGAACGGAACGUCUCGGCAAUGAAAUAAUUAGUGACUUAGAACGCGCUGUGUUGCCUAUUUUGUGUUUAGUUAGCCUCUACUUUUUUCCACUUCGAGCCAAAUCGAUAACGCAGCAUCGUAGCACAAUUUGAAGCUGUACGUCAAAGUAAACAAGAACGUGGACGAAACACGACCGCACCGAUUAAUGGGGAGGGAGUAGAGCGGUGCUGUAGCAACUAUGAUGAAUGAAGACAGCAGUGCCACGAUGUCAUCGUCAUCUGGCGGUGGCGGCGGCAUUAAGAAGGUGUUUCAACGCCUCUCACAGACUUAUCAGUCAACACUUGAUCGCUCUACGCCGCACACGCGACUACGUUGGGUGUUCGCUGGCUUUGUACUCCUGCUCUUCGUGCUGCGCAUUUUCAUAUACCAAGGAUGGUACAUCAUCUGCUAUGCGCUGGGCAUCUAUCAUCUGAAUCUGUUUAUAGCAUUUCUAACGCCAAAAAUCGAUCCAGAAUUCGAUCCCUAUGCACAGGACGACGAAGACGACGGGCCGAAUCUGCCGACGCGCAGCAAUGAGGAAUUCCGUCCCUUCAUACGCCGCCUGCCAGAGUUCAAGUUCUGGCUGUCGGUGACAAAGAGUACGGGGAUCGGUCUGUUCUGCACGUUUUUCGACUUCUUCAACGUACCCGUCUUUUGGCCCAUACUGGUCAUGUACUUCAUCACGCUGUUCUGCAUCACGAUGAAGCGACAGAUCAAACAUAUGAUCAAAUUCAAGUACUUGCCCUUCACACGCAAUAAGCCACGUUAUCAAAGAGUUAACGACCUGGCGGGCACCAACUCAGUGGCGGGCAACUCAAAGUGACAAUUAGCCGCACAGACGCCGGAGACACGGACAGCAGCGGACGAAGCAGUUGCCACUGCAAUUGCAACACCAAGUGCUGCUGCUGCCCUAGCAACAACAUCAACUAGCGACAACGCAGCGACCAAGGAUGUGGGGUCGCCAACAGUGGGAGGAGGGUCCAUUAAACCACCGCAAAUCAUUGCAAUUGAGGACUACUAGAGAAAGCUACCAACCAAUCAACACACACAACACCAAUCCAAGAGAACCAAGAGAAUCCACAAUCUAAACCCAAAAUUAAGUUCAGCAUUCGGCAUGUAAUCGUGAAAUAAUUUCUUUUGGUUUGCGUAGCAUUUUUCUUCUUUACUAUUGAGUUGUCGCACGGCGUCUUGUGCAACAUUAAGGCCUUUGUUUAAUUAUUUCUUGUAUACAUAUUUUAAUUUCAUUGGCAAUCCAGCCGGAUACCCAAAAAUCACUAAAGUCUAACUACUAUAUAAUUUAAAAUUCAAACCCUAAUCCUAAAGCAUAAUUUUACAAAUUCUCCUUCUAUCCAAAUGUAGAAUUAACGUAUUGAGAGCCAAUAAUAAUUCUUUGAUUAUCAGAUGCUUAGAUGCUAUACCACUGUAUGUUUACAAAUAUAUAUAACAGCCUACCAGCAUAUAUGUAUUUAUAUAAUUUGCAUUAUAAUUAUACAACAAUUUUUGUUUAGCGUUAACUAUAUACAAAAUGUUAAAAGGCGGAAUGAAAAACGGAACUAAAGGAAGAGUGUAAAACUGGGUGCGUCUUAUGAAUAAAGGAAGACAAAGAAAACUAAACUCAAA